CCCCUGCGGCCCUGGCAAAGGUCGUGAAAAGAGAGGAAGCAAGAGGAGCUGAGGAAGAAUAUAGGGAUCCAUCCAUCCAUCCGCUCACCACACGCACCUUGUUCUCGCAGUUUCUUGGGCUCCAGAAAAUCAAGCAUGGGCGGGUUCAGCGGCGCUACAGGUCUCCCGGUGUACCGUGAAGAAGACGAUGAGGAGUUGUUCGAGACAUCGUCCUCCAUCUCCGGCGACUCGGACGACGAGGACCAGUUCUCAGAUGGCGAGGGCGCCGGAGCUCUGGAGCACCAGUUCAUGCAGCAGGCGGCUUCCCCGGCGCAGCAGCCGGUCCGGAGAUUGAACUCCGAUAGCCUCUACGAUCUGUCAUCUAUGAUGGCACAACUCCCUGUCAAGAAAGGGCUAUCCAAAUACUAUGACGGCAAGUCUCAAUCGUUCGCGUGUAUGUCUGAGGUGAGAUGCCUGGAAGAUCUACGGAAGAAAGAGACCCCCUACAAGAAGAUCAAGCCAUCCAGGAGCUAUGUAGCAUUAGAUGAAGAGCAGGAGUGUUACAUGCCUGGUCCUAACAGCAGGGGAAUAGCCAAGAAGCCCUCCGGAAGUUCUUGCGCAAAUCUGGCGGCUCGGAACAACAGCAAAAACAUGUACAGACCUCCCCCAAUUCCUGUCAACAAAAGUGGAUACCAUCAGUAGGCGCUAGGACAUCAGUGAAAUGUUUCUGUCCAGGGUUUCGGCUCUGUUCUCUUUCCUCCAUUCUUUCUUUCUUCUUUCUUGAGGGAUUUUGUUGACAGGCGUAUUGGCCUGUCUCAGAUGUAAGAGGUUUUCCUUCUCUGCAGUCAAUAGAGUAUCUCCUUUCAUCCUGGUCAUGA